ACACGCAGUAACUAACCUUUAUAUGCAAUUUGCUUUAAGACAUUAUUGUUUAUUGUGAUAAUAUACAUUGUAUCGAAACUAUAAAGUACUAGUGAGUACACUUUAUAUGAAGAACUAUCGAUUAUGAUUUCCUUGCGCUUAGAGUAAUUUAGAGAAUAAGAGUGUUAGUAGAAGGCGGGGACCACCCUCUUAUUUAUUUAAGAGUUGGGUUAUGCCUUACUUGGAGUUAGAAUGACUCCUUUAUAGGUGAAUUUCAUAUUUUGUUUGAGUUGCUCAGUGGGUUUUGGUGUUCUGCUAUCUCGGGGCACUUAUUAAUAGUCGAAGAUGGGAGUUACUUCCAUUCGAUAAAGUAUUGGAUUAUGACUAGCUGGCAUGACUCAACUGGAUUAUGUCCGGUUGAUUUAAUAGUCCCCUAGGUGAGAUCCGACGGGAUUACCGUAAGGGGGGUAUGAGCAUGCUUUUGUCACUGGGCGCCGAAUGGCCGAUACCGCCCCUUGACCGAGGUGUUACCAUGCGGGCCUUGCAAACCCCAAUAUGGUGGCCUCUUCACUGGUUUAGUACCCCAGUGUGUUAAUUUUUCCCGAUAAGACCCGAGAGGGUCAGCUGGAAGGAGCAUGAGCUCAAACUUUGCUAUGGGCGCCAGAUGGCUGAUAACGCCCUUGGCCGUGUCACUAUGCCAGGAAGUAGAGAAAAGAUCCAUUGAUAGAAAGUUAUUCAGUGAUAGAAAGUUUAUUCAUUGAUCGAGAGUUAUUUAAUAAUAGAAGGUUCAUUCUUUGAUAGAAAGCUUACACAUUGAUAAAACGUUUACUCAUUGAUAGAAAAUUCACUUAUUGAUAGAAUAGUUUAUGCUAGUGAGAAAUGUGCCUAAGUUAAGUGACCUCAAGGGUAUUACACACGAUGAUCACACUUACCUUAAGAUAGACAAGCUCUAUAAGGUCAUGUGUUAGGUAUUCUGUUAAUGCCUUGGUUGAGUUGAUAUCACGCAUGUUUUGCAAGAGUUUAUGUUUUGAGAAGAGGAGUGUGAAGACCUGCAUUCUACCCCAAGAACACAUGGUUCGGGUUGGAAAGAACGUAAUGAGAUUAAGAAGUAUAAGUGGUUGAUAAACGGUUACUAUCUGUGCUUGUGUCUUAUGAAAUCAUCUUAUAUUGUUGUAUAAUAUGAUGUUAUCUAGUAGUUGGCCUUAUUAUAUUUGGUGCUAGUUACUGACGUGUACGUGUUGUGUUUAUGUUUGAUUGUUUGAUGACUUUCUAUGAUUGUUUUGCUAUGACACAUUGGCCUUUGGUUUGAUGUCGAGCAGCUGGAGGAUUAUAGACAGGCGUGGCAGGAAUGAAUAACACCGGUGACGCUCAGGAUUUAUCGCGAUUUGAUAUAUCAGAAGAGGAGAAAGAUAAACUUGUUGCUGAGGUAAUUCGAUACAUUUUGUUCAAAACUCAUCAAAGCUCUGGAUGUCCAAUUAAAAGAGACGAGCUUAUUCAAAUUGUCACUAAGAAUUAUCAUCAGCGAGCCCUUCCUGCUGCGGUAAUCGAACAGGCGAAAGAGAAGCUUUCAAACAUUUUUGGGUAUGAAUUGAAGGAGCUUCAGCGUUCUCGUCCUUCCACCAAAACUCAGACUCGGUUUUCGCAACUGAGUGUUGCUGAUACGAGAUCAUAUAUCGUCAUAAGUCAACUGCCUGCUAACGUAUUUCAGAAACAUGUUGAGGAUAUCAAUACCGCUCCCUUGACUGGAUUCACUUUUGUCAUCGUCAGUAUUGUGUAUCUUGCGGGAGGCAAAAUCUCAGAAGAAAAUCUGUGGCAUCACAUGAGACGGAUGGGAUUACAAGAAACCGAUGAAAAUCAUUCGUCUCUCGGAAAUAUCAAGCUCUUGUUGGAGACACUUGUACAGCAGAGGUACCUUCAGAAGGAUAAACUCAAUGGCCCGGAAGGAAAUUCUGUUUUGUAUGAGCUAGCUGAGAGAACAUUAGAUGGUGAAGUUUACCAGAAAAUCAAAGCCUAUGUUUCACAGAUUGUGAACAAGGAUCUUGGAACUGUUGAAGUCGAUGAUUAGUGAAUUUGCUAAACGUGUAAAAUAGCCAUCCCUCUUUCUUUUCACCUUUUGAAAAACAAUGGAAUCUGUGCGUUACAAGUUUGUCUACACAGAGAUGCUGCUAGAAUUUCUUAAGAAUGGCAUUCCUACUCUUAGAAAAUUAGAUUUUGGUGAUAAAAGCUCGAGUAUCCACUGAAUUAUGGAAGCUCGAGUAUUAAUUAAGAGUAAUUAGUAUGGCAAUUUCAAUGACAUGCUAAACAAUAUUUAUGUAUGCAAAAACAAACUAUUCUCUGUUAAAUGUUUUUGUGAAUGUUGCUGCUUCCUGCUUGUAGGUUUAAUGGAAAGGAAGAUGGGUUGAGCUCAUUUUAGUU